UGCUGUUCACUAUAGACCGACCCAAGUGUUUCUCCAGAGCAGAGCAAAUUUCAUCAAGAAGAUCUAGAUUCUGAUGGCUAUGAGGUUUGAGGACGUCCUUCAUGAAAUUGGUGGCUUCAACAAGUUCCAGUUUCUGGUUUUAUACAUCCUAUGGCUCCCACGCGUCAUCCUUCCACUGCACUUCCUGCUCCACAACUUCAUCUCAGGUGUGCCACCCCACCACUGUGCCCUGCCUCACUUGGAUGACCAGUACGCAGCUGGCACAGAGAAGGAUGGCACAGAGGUGUCGGCACAGAUUCUGGCACUUGGCAUCCCACGUAAUGCAGAUGGAUCCUACAGCUCCUGCAAGAUGUACCCCCUUCCCUUGGACUUUGACCCAAAUGGUGACCUCUCCCUAGUGUAUGGAAACCGAUCAAAUGUGUCGGUGCCAUGCCAGCACGGAUUUGUAUAUGACCGCUCACAGUUCGCCUCAACAACCGCAACUGAGUGGGAUUUGAUAUGUGACAACAAAAGUCUAAACCAAGCCCAUGCCACAUUUUUCUUCAUCGGAGUGACAAUAGGUUCUAUCAUGUUUGGCCAGUUGGCAGAUAAGUUUGGCCGUAAGCCGAUGAUUCAGGUUUCCUUUGUGGCCAGUUCUGUUUUUGGAAUUGUUGAAGCUUUUUCUACAUCUUACGUGAUGUUCGCCAUAGCAAGAACCUUGUGUGGACUGGCCCUGACCGGGAUGUCUAUCACCACAGUGGCUCUGUGUGUUGAGUGGACAGACGUUAAACAUCGCACAUUUACGGGAACCAUCAUCAGUCUCGGGUGGAGUGUAGGGAACAUGCUUUUGGCUCUUCUGGCAUAUCUCAUCAGGGACUGGAGGCACCUCAUCCUGGUAGUGACUUCACCCUGCCUUGUUGGCAUAAUUGCCUGGUGGUGGAUUCCUGAGUCAGCAAGAUGGCUGCUGGCCAAUGGCAGGGUGGAAGAGGCAAAGAAGUAUCUCAUUCAGUGUGCUAAGAUGAAUGGAAAGUACAGUUACACUCAUAAACUAGACACUGAGACCUUAAAGAAAAUCACCAUUAGUGAGGUCUCCAACAAGAAUCAUUCCUACCUUGAUCUAGUGAGGACACCGAAACUGAGGAAGAUUGUGUUUUUCUCAGGGAUUUUCUGGUUUGCAGUUGCUUUUACCUACUAUGGCAUCAGCUUCAACAUCACUGGGUUUGGCCUGAACAUCUAUCUCACGCAAUUUGUCUAUGGAGUUAUUGAAGUCCCAGCUAAGGUCGGGACCUACUUCACUCUGGAUCGGAUUGGUCGUAGAAAUGGCCAGGCGUGGUCUCUCAUUAUAGCAGGAGCUCUGAUUGGACUAAACAGUAUGAUCCCAACAGACUUUGCUGGUGUGCGUACAGGGAUUGCAGUUAUUGGGAAGGGAUUCUCUGAGGCAGCGUUUACCAUUGCCUUCUUGUACACAUCUGAGCUUUACCCUACUGUACUCCGGCAGUGCGGCUUGGGCUACACCUCUUUUAUAGCCCGUAUUGGAGGUUCGCUGGCUCCCAUGGUCAUUUUAUUAGAGGACAUGUGGCGCUUUGCACCCUCUCUAGUGUUUGCUGUCACUGCAGUUCUCAGUGGAUGUGUGGUCUUCCUUCUACCUGAGACCACGAAUGUUCAGCUUCCAGAGAAUGUUCUGGAUAUAGAGGAGGGGAGGCACACAAUGUCCACAGAAUCAGAGAGGGAUGUUGAACUCACUGUGAUGAAUUCAUCGCCUGCGGCUUUACAAGAGAAGGAUUCAUGACGGCAAAAACUGUCAGAAAAUCAAUGAUUCCUUACAGCUCGACAUCCUAAUGGAUAGAUGUGAAUAAACAACAUUAAUUGCAAGACAUUUAUGGUGCACAAGGGAUA